ACGGCGAGAAGAUGAGCGAUGGCAAUAGAGAACCAUCUCGGCGAGGACUUUGACGCCGCUCUGGGUCUGAACGCCUCUGUGGAGCUGUCGCCGCAGAGCGAACAGCCUCGGGUGUUCAAGAUUAUUGUCAUCGGGGAUUCAAACGUGGGCAAGACGUGUUUGACGUACCGUUUCUGCGGCGGCACUUUCCUCAGCAACCCCGAGGCGACGAUCGGCGUUGACUUCAGGGAGAGGGAGCUGGAGCUGGAUGGAGAGACCGUCAAGCUGCAGAUUUGGGACACGGCAGGUCAGGAGCGCUUCAGAAAGAGCAUGGUGGAGCACUACUACCGCAGCGCCCACGCUGUUAUAUUUGUGUAUGAUGUCACCAGCCAGGCAACGUUGAAAAGCAUCCCCGCCUGGAUCGACGAGUGCAGUCGUCACCUGGUGGGGCCGCAGGUUCCUCGCAUCAUCGUGGGGAACAAAAGUGACCUGAGGGCCAAACGGGAGGUGCCCACCUCGUCGGCCCAGUGCCUCGCUGAUUCCUACAGCUUCCCCUUGUUUGAAACCUCAGCGAAGGACCCGAAAGAACGCGAGAAUGUGGAUGCCAUCUUCUUGACUUUGGCUUAUAAACUCAAGAGCCACAAACCUCUGAGACUUAAGGAGCCAAGUCAAAGCGACCUGAGGCAUUUGUGGGACCAGAGGGAGCAGGAGACAACGUUUUGUCAAUGCUGAGGGCACUCACUGCGAUGCAUAUGUGUUCUCCUCAGCUUAUAAGGAGGAAGGGAAGAAGACGCUCCAGACACAAUAAGAUGAGGGUGAAUCUGUUUCUUGUUGUUAUGCACGUAUUGUUACAAAAGGGAUAUUUGCACAUUAACUUCAGACAAUUAAUGAGAAUAAUAUGCAAGAAUUGUCUUGAAUCGAGGAAUGCUACAAUGAUUUUGGGAGCACUUUUAAAUGUAGCCAAACGCCAUGCAUUCUAGUUGUCUUCAAGUCACAAUACAGUAGCAACAAAUCAUAGCAGAGGUUAUCACAUGCUCAUAAGGGUGUGACAAGAAGAAAGAGAAGAAAACUGAGGCUUGAAAAUGGGAUGAUUGUCAUUCAAGUGGAUGAUAAAACAUGCACACAAGAUGGCAAGAACAAAUAAAUAUCUGUCUUGUAGAAUCGCUUCGACUUUCUUAUUGUAAGUUGAAUGUAUUGUUUUUAAAUGAAACUCUAAUCGUGGUGGAGAGUUACACUUUGAAACAAAACUAACCAUAAAUCAAACAUUACACUGUAAGAAACAGUGAGA